AUGAAGGGAAAAGAAAAACAAAAAUUCCUCCACACAAACUCCUCCACACAUCAAACGACAACGACAACAACAACGAGGCGCUUUCGUUUGAACGCAGAGCGUGGGGUUCAUUUCAUCUCUCUCUUUCUCAAAACACGUUUAUUCGUCGGCUGUUUUGUUGCCUUGUCGUCGUCAAAGAGAAUUAUAAUAGUAAUAGUACUAAUGGGCAAACGCUCCACCGUCGCGUACUCCUCCGAAGAUUUCAUCAAGAAGCGUCACAAAAAAGACGACAACGACACGAAAACGGAUGACGAUAAAAGCGCACUGAAAACGUAUUACUGCACGUGUUGCUCCAAUCCCGUUUUAAUCACGGACUGCAAUCUCUUCUCGCUCCCGAGACGAAGGAAAGAUGGGUCGAUUAUUUUAGACAGGACGAAGUACGUCUGCCGGUUACGAGCGAAACGAGAGCGGGACAAUAAAACGACGGCGAUUCGAAGAGACAACGGGAAGAGCAUUGAGAAGCAAACGCGUUAUUAUUGCGGGGACGUGCCGGUGUGUUACGAGUGCAACGACGAGAGUGUGAAAUUGUACGUGUUGGACGGCGCGUUGAGGAGUUUCGAGAAAGCGAGGAAAGCGGGGACGAACGGUAAAGAGAAAGGGAAUACUACUCGAGAGGUGGUGGAGUUGUUACCGGUGCCACCGUGCAUACGCAGAGGGAAAGGAGGGAAGAAACUCAUCAUUUCGGUAAGAGUGAUCGACCGGCAAGAGAAGUGCUCGGUGAUGGAUAUUAGCGCCGAGAAGGUUUCCAUCUCGGCGACGAAAAAAGCGGACGCGAAAGAGUUGUUGGAGCGAGAAGUGUUGGAAUUUUUGAGCGAGACGUUGAAAUGCCGAGUGGCUCAGUUAUCCGUGUUAGUGAACGACGAAGAAGACGACGGCGUCGCGGUGACGAAAGAAAUCGCGUGCGACGUCGGCGAAUCGAUGUCGCCGGAAACGGUGUUUCGAGCGCUCGAAAAGAGUCGCGCGGCGGCUGCUUCGUGA